CACCCAAAGGUGGUAAAGAUGCCAGUGUCUGUCCUUUGUGUCGAACAGUAGUUGGUCCAGAGGAAGAGGCUUGGCGUAGCCAUCUAAUGGAAAACUGYAAAACUAACAAAGUUCGCCUACAGCAACAGCAAGCGAGCAAAGCACCAAGCAGAGCAAGUCUACGUAGUAAUAGGGGUAGAGGGGGCAAGACCACGCCCUCAACAAGAGGGAUAGGCAGAGGAAGACAGGGAACCUUACCUCGAUGAGUCUGAAAAAUAACUUUGUAACUAACAUGWUCACAACUUUACAUGCAGAAACACCGUAUA